GAUGGUGCUGGAUAAGCCUAACAAAUGCUCGCGGCACGAACGUAUCAGCAACUUGUGUUCGUUCUCCGUGUCCGUUCGAUCAGUAGUGUGGGGCGUUGACUACACAUAAUACAGUCGCAUGGUAUUUGAUUUAGUUGCAAAUUAAACGGCUGUUACGAAGAAUUUUGCUCCUAGGGACCAUCCGUUAUAGAUCUGCCAUGGAAACGAUCGUCUCGAGAAGUCUGCUGAGUGAUGUUUAGUGCUGCUGCAACGUUACCUCACUCGUACUAAUGGCAAACCUAAGACGACACUUCAAUUUCGGUUCUCACAAGAGUGGAUCUGUCAACACGUUUGGGCUGUCACAUGGCAAUCAGUCAAACUCUGAAGGCAUCGCAUUUCCCGACCAUGCAUUUAGCAGGUCGGCGUUUAUGAAUGAAGUCUGCAGUUUCCUCGACCACUGUUCGGCGUAUAUACAGGCACUGAACUCAUUUUGUAGUUCCAGCAGUGUCUUGGCCAAGAGCCUGGUGCGCGUCUUUCACAAUGUUCCUGUUUACCGAGAAGUUGCUGCCCUCUUUCUUGGUGCCUGGGAAGACUUGGGACGGGUGACAGCAGCUGCCAGCGCGGCAGUGAAGACAGAGACUCUGAUGACACUUCAGGAUGUCCUGAACAAACUGGAGGGAGAAUCUCCUGGGGAUGAAUCUGCUGCACUUACAGAGAGCAUUCAGGCUGUGGGUUCAUGCCUUGGAUCCUACCUAGAGCUGCAAGUGCAAUUUUCCUACUCUGCCUGGAAGGCCUUGAGCAAGAUUUCCAAAAGUUUUCCUCAAGACAGAAACUCCAGCAAGUCGGCAGCUGCAAAGUCAUCAGCGGAGCUUGCAACUACUAUUAAAAAACACUUUGCCAGCCUGCUGCAUAAGUUAGGACCAAGCACAAAGCAGGGUUCCCUUGCCACUGGAGUUGCAGACAGCCAGCAGAGCCAGUUCUAUGUUGAAGGCACAGUGCCUGCCUCCAGCAGCCUGACAUCUGCACCUGAAGGGCCUGCUCAGCCUGGCACCAAGGCUCUUGGUUGGACGCACCCUUCUGAAGAACUUAUCGGGUCCACCGCAGGUUCCACUCAGCCUCCCGUGCAACCAGGACAACAAGAGAGUGGGCUUCUUGGCGUGCUUGACACGGGGAGUGACCUGGAGGACGUCAUAAACCUGCUGUCUGCUGCACCACACCCUAGCCCAGCAACAGCUUGUCCUAAAGGCUUUCUGCGCGAAGCUGCCCUUUCUGUGUGGCCCCCACCUGCAGCCAGUGCCCUGGGUAGCUGCAGUGGCAAGCGCACUUGGCCACGACCCACAAGUGGGGCCCACCAAGGCCUUAGUGCUUUUGGAGUAGACCCUUUUAUGUGGAGCAGCUUGGGGCAGUUUGAUCAACGGGCACUCUGCUCCGGCUUGCCAUCUAGUCAGAGUGACUGCAUGUCUGGUGGCUUCUGGUCAUCUGGUGAAAGGCAAGGGUGGAGCAGUUUAGUAAGUGGAGAAAAUGGAAGUUCCAGCGAUGAGUCAUCAUCAAAUAAUGGCCAGGAUUCGGAUACAUUCUUAAUGGGGCUCAAUUUGGCAGGAAGUGACCUUGUGGCAUCUGUUCGACAGAGGAGACACAGCAGUAGCGAUGGACCCCCUGAAGGUUUGCACAAUGUGCUUGACAGUUUAUCAAACACAGACGGUGGACUGCUGGAUACAAGAGCUGUGAAGACCUCCACGUGGCCUCUGAAGCAGUCCAGCUCUUUUCCUGUCAACUUACCCCUCUCACAUUCUGUGGGUGAUGCCACCAAUGAUGGAGGUUGCCUUGAUGAUGCUGCUGGGGCUGGUUUCUCAGGCAGUGUCAACUCUUAUUUUCUGUUUGGGCACGGCUCGUGACAGUGUCGCUUGCGUCUCACAUUCUAGUGAGUGUACCCAGCUUUCUCUUAGCAAAGCUGUGUAACAUUUUCGCUGUGUAACAUUUUUGAUGCAGUGGUGCCAGUAACAGGGAUUCACUUUCUGCCACUGCUUGGCUAACAAGUGUUCUGCACUAUUGUGUGAACGAACUGUAUUGAGCACAAGUGCAAAUCAUCUCUGGACAUACAUUUGGCUUUUCAGGAACUACUGUGCUGUGCAGGCAUGGCACUUUGUAUGUGUGCUUCUGGAAUGUUUCACUCAUGACACAUGCUACCUGCAGCACCAAGAACAUAUGCAUAGCCAUGAUUUUAUACUGGAUAUUUUUGUUGUUCAUUUAUGCUUAGGAUUCAAAGCAUUGUGUUUUCAGAUUAUCAAGGGCAUUGCAACUUUACCGUCAUGCCAACCAUCCAAGAGAGCUUCCAGGCUGUCACCAACAUGGCAAAUCGCCUUCCACUUACAACAAAGUUUUUUGCUUUUUGACAUUAUUUUGCUUAGAAAUCUGCACAGCAUUUUAUUAAAGCUGUAAGAACUUUUUUUCUGUGGUUUUAUAUUUUUUGAAAAGACACAACCCAUAAGGGUAAGUUUUUAAGCUAGUCAUUCAGGAUUUCUAGUUCAUUCGUAUGAAAAGUAAGCGUACUGUAAUAUUCUAAUCUGGAAACGUACCAUCACUGCUCAAAUUUAGAUGACAAUUAUAGACCUCCCUACAUACUUAUGUUAGAAAGGCACAACAGAGCUUAGGUUUAGUGGCAAGCACAAUCUGCACUCAUAAUCUGCUGCUUAUUGAAUGCACCAUUUUGCUGAGAAGUAGCAUGCAAGUUUGCAAUGUAACAGUAGUAAGAAUGCAUAAAGAGGAAUGAAUAUGCAAGUGUGAAACUUUGAUUGGUGGCUGCUCACACAAAGUGCUGUGAAAAAUGGGCCACCUUGGCCAGGAGGGUGGGCCUCGUGCUCAUCUGAAUGAGAAUUUGUGCAAGCAUGCAUGUCUUUUACUACCUUGUUUAGCAUGAUACAUAUUAAAGGGGCCAUGACACGGUUGUUCAACUUUUGUCAGUUUAUCAUUGUAACUGAGAGUAGAGGGGCCAAUAUGGUUACAGUAGAACCUCGUUAAUACAAUCCCAUUUCCUGCAAUUUCCCGGUGCCAACAUUUGCGAUCGAGAACAAACAAAAUGAGCCAGUGCAGUUACGCUUCUUUUUUUACUGGUUAAUACAUUCCUGAAAAACUCAAUAUUGCGGAACCAACAUUCAGUAUGUCGCCAAACUGCGGUCGUAUGAUAAGUUUUCAAGCCGCUAGAUCCCAUCUGAACAAGAGGCCCUUUCCAACAAUACUCGCCUGGCCGUGUCGUGUGAAAAUGCCGGCACACACUCAGUUUCCUCUUUUGGUCCCAGCAAAUCUCCUCGCAGAUUGUCGCAUGUCGCAUUCAUGGCUAUCACCGCCAACCCUAUUGCAAUAAGCAUCUUCACCUAUCUGUUUCACAUUGCAUGUGGUGUAGUCCGUUUGUAGCAUACCGUGCCAAGAAAAGAGUUAGUUUAAGAGACAAUUGCAUCUGAAGGGUCCGUGUACCCUUAUCACAAUUAAAAUCGCUUGCCCUCAAGUGAGGAGUGGGAAUGUUGCAUACGCCAUCGCCACUCUUUACUGCCAUCAGUGGCACCUGACAGACGGGUGCUACGUUUUUUUUUCGAAAAACGCAAACGUUCGGCCUUGGAGAAACUGAGUCGAGACAAAGCAUUAAAUUCGCCGCUGCAGCUGCUCUUGGUCAAGUGGUGUGGACUGUUCUGCCAUGCCGCGACAACACAUGGACAUGUAAUUCUCUGCUACUUGCAGUUUGUGUGAGUUUCAUGAUCCAGCAAUACCAGCACAGCACUAGCGAUAACGAAACUAAUGAAAUACGAAAGCGCAAGCUUUGCAGAGUUAAGCAAAAACAAAACCUUUCAACCGCCUGCAUUGUUGUCAAGGGUAGGGUCGAUGGGUUCUUCUUUUGUAAAAUUCAGAUAGAAGGGAACAAGUACCAUUUUCUUCCAUGUUCUUCCAUAAUGUAAUGCAAAUAUCUUUUUGUUACAAGUGAUUGAGUAGUAGCGACAGCAUUAUAAUGAGUGCCUACGUCAUCUGUCGAGUACUUGAAUGUCCCAGUUGGGUGUCAAAAUGUGUUUUGCAUCUACCUCAAUUCUUGAUUACUAAAGCUUCGUUCACAAUUAUAUUAAUGGCCUAUACAUUCUUGAGCAUUAAUCUGUCAUUUUAGCUUGACUUAAUAUUUACCUUUAGUGUCCCGUUAGUAAGUGAUAACCCAAAUGUCCCGCCGUUCCCUGCUGCAGGCGGCGCAAGUUGAGCAUUAUGUUUCACUCUGGUGGCAUUAUAGUCCGUUGUUGCUCACCAGCUCGAUUUCGUUUCGGUUACCCGUCAUUAUCUUAAAACAUUUUGCUAUGCAGUAGGAAAACAACAAAGCAUGUCUCAAGUCGCUCGAGCCCCACCAGCUCAUCGCAUGUCAGCAUCUCAUAUUGCAACGAUUCUGGAUGAGUGGGAACAUGUGGGAAACGCCUCGUGCGAAGAAGCUGCCCACCCAGUCCAAAUUCGAUGAGCACAAACAUAAACUUGCCAAAGCUGAAAAACAACACGCAUCUCGGGCCACUCAAGGCCCACGAGCUCAGCAUGCACUGGCAUCUCUUACUGCAACGAUUCGCGCAAUGCCUCACAUUAAGUAGAUGCCGACUAUAGUUGAGUCUGCAAAAUUUUUUAGUGACUUUGGGUCAUGCAUUUUCCCAGUUAGUAUGUCUUUCUUUCCUUUUUUUUUUCUUAUCCAAUAACGUAUGAACAAGAUUCUGCCAUACAUACACAAAAAAUAAAGGGGCUCUCGGUGCACAUUUAAAAUCUGAUAUUCAAUUUGAAUUGCCUCUAAACCGCCCCUCUCACCGACGGCUAUCACCAUUGCGUCGGGAAGUGUGGGGCCACCGGUGUAUCAUCUGCUCCAAAACAGUCCAAAACCUUAUCGGACAUCUUGCUCUACACAUUGUGGCACCCGACGGCACAGCAAGGCCAUUGCCUUUGAUUUCUGCCUAUAAUUCCCUUAAACGAGCGCUAAAAGCAGCAGAAACCAGUGAACACCUACAGAAGCUUUCUCAGGCUGACCACCAAGAUACACAUGUGAAAAAGAAACGACACAUGGCGACCAUGAGGCAUUUUGCGUUUCUGCACUCACUUCCAGCUCUUGCAGCACACAAAAGCAUGACUCACGAUUGGCUUUUGUUACUCCGAGGGAGCUGUUGCUGGGGGUACAAUUUCAUUUUGUUACCAGUUUGUUUUGCCAGACUGCUCUACAGUUCAACUGCAAAAUAAAAAAAAAUUCAAAUACAGGUUUUUUUACCACACUGAAUGUGCUAAAAUUUUGUCAGCUUGCUGUGGGGCACAUACGGUUUUAACAUGCAAUGCAUGAUUCAAGCUCGAAAAUUUGUCAUGGCCCCUUUAAGUAAGCUCGAAGUAUUUUAAGAAAGCCUUUGGUAUGAAAAGGCACCACCUCAUAAAUCUUUUUGCACAAGAAGUUUUCAGAUUUUUUACCAGUAGCGUUAUGAAGGUCCAAAAAUUUCCCUUAAUUUCCUUCAAGGCUUUCCUCACCUUUAAUUUUUUUAGCUUGCUGCAAGCUCUCCAUGCUUCACCCAUUGACAAGUUGUCAUGUUGUUCUUAUAACAAAUUUAAGUGGUUGUAGGAUUGCUAGCUCAUUAAGUUCAUUUUCUCCACUGGACUGCUCAUUUGUGGCAUUUGAAGGAAUCCAGCGAAUAGCCAUUCAUUACUGACUUGCAUAUACCUUGGGCAAAAGGGGUGAAGGAUCUUCCAAAAUACACACAGAAAAGGCUUAGCACAUGCUGCUGGGUUUUGUGGUUAUCUAAAUAUUGGUCGCGAACGCAACUGAUGGUAGAACUGCGAGCACUGUCUAUGCUACCGGAUGUGCAUGGUACAGUUCACUCAGUUACUGUAGAUUAUUGUGUUCAUUAACUUAUAAAGGUGGGUAGUUUGGGGCCAGAAAAUGCUCAGUGUUUUAUCUGCUCUCUAUAAAACUACAGCCAUUACAGCCAGGCAGCUCAAUCUCUGUCUCAAUCUCUCAAUCUGUCGUUCUAAGCUCAAUCACAUUGGCUAGCUUCAAACUAAUUAAAGGUAACAGGUACAGUGCGCUUACGAAAUGAGCAACCAGAGAAGUGCACACCUCUUGAAGUGUUGCACUUUGAGGUGUGCACUUGCUUCUUUGCCUAUAUGCUAAAUGUGCUGCAUCUACAUAUCUGCAAACGACUAGCAGUCUUUCUAGUGAAAUUGUAGGUUGCCUGUUUCACUCACAGGUUAUCUUGAGUGUUCAUGACAGUACUAUAUGGUGAUUGGACAGGAUUAUUUACUAUGGUCAGUAGUGUUGCUGGGACUGUGCUAUGUAUGGCUAUGUGAGAACUUACAUUUUUUAUUCCAGAUAACUUUAAAAGGACACUGAAGUGAAACACUACAUCAGUUAUACCGAUAAGGUAGUCUUUGAAAACUCUAUAUUCAUUAAUUUUGCAAUAAUAUGUUGAUUAUUGGACAAUAAAAUGAAGGUCACUUUUUUUUUCUUUUAAAUUCUGCACCAAGACCUCAGUACUAUUACGCAAGUGUGACAUCACAAAUUUCAUUGUUCUUAUUUUUUGGGGGGGGGAGGGGGCAUGGUGGGCCUAGUAAAGGUUCCUGAAGCUUGCCAUAUUCUACCUUUGGCUCCUUUAGAAACAAUUUAACUCAUUUUAGCGAUAACAUUCAAUGAAGUCCUAACAGACACUGUCAAAAUCCACAACGUCACGGCGAGCUGCUGCGGGGACUUGAAUAUGGCGGUGCCACCCGUCUUCUUUUUUGUGCCUUUUCUGGCUUAGCAAGUCUCCUUUCGCAGUAAGAGUGGCACUUUUGGUAUUGUGGAAGGGUAAUUAGUAAUACAGGUGAGACCAUUUUUCUCUUUAGUGUUCCUUUAAAGAACUUUGUGUAUUGCUAAACUAGAGAACAAGGGGAACUGAGGGGCUCGAUUUUUGUUAAUCAUGACCACAUAAGCCAACAGACAAUGAAGCCAAGGAAAGCAUUGGGGAAAUUAGCUGUGGUUGAAAUUGAAAUUUAAAGAAUAAGGAAAUGGGGGGAAAGUGGACGAAAAGAUAACUUAUCACCGGUGGGAGCUGAACCCACAGCCUCCGCAUUGCAUGUACGUUGCACUACCAAUUGUGCUACAGCAAUUGCCAUCAAUUAGUUCACUAACUUGGGUAUUUAUGUUUAGUAGAUAUAGCCCUAGGAGUGUUAGCCAGCGCCACUCAGAGCCAUGAACGGCAGAUGUGGAGCAUCCGUUUUGCCCAAUGGUGUCACAUAACACAUGAUCUUGGGAGAGCAGGCGCGUGGCUAAUAAACCCUCAUGUGCUACCUAAUGACACCAAGACUGCCAGAUUCGAGACCCUCGCUACGAAUAAACAAGAGAAGGGGAACCGAGUGCUAAAUUCUUGUUAAUCAUGACCACAUAAAGCGAACAGACAAUGAAGCCAAGGAAAGCAUUGGGUAAAUUAGCUGUGGUUGAAAUUGAAAUGUAGAAAAUAAUAAAAAAGGGGAGUGAAAGGGAAGAAAAAGAUAACUUGUCGCCAGUAACUUGUGCCUGUAGCGAGUUUUUACAUGAAGUCCACAUUCUGUAAACUUGACAAAAGUCACCAAAGGAUUUAAAAUUCUUAUUCAAUUAUGCAGCUGUAUACACUUUUACGAUUCUGAAGAUGUAAGAUAUUCGGUGAAAUUAAGUUUUAAAUCAACAGAAUUAAUUAGCACCUUAAAGGGUUAAAUUAGAUUCCUGUUCAGUCAUUCAAAAUAUUUAUUGAAAGAUGUCCUUAGAAGUAAAAUGAAUCUGUAGUUCAUUUCUGGGUUUUUCAUCAUGUAUUUCUGUCAUAUAUGUCAUAUAUUUUACUGCGUCAAUGAAAAUAUUGAUACACUUAGGUCAUAUUUGCAGAUUGCACUCAAUAGGGAAUGCUGAAGGGGCUGUGCAGCGUUGUGAAUAUGGCAAGUAAAGCUGCCCACUCACUAGACAAUGCUGUCAUGAAUAGCUUAACUAGGAGGAAUUCCUGUACCAAGCAGCAGGGAACUUAAAAUUUUAGUCAAUGUCCUCUUGCCCAUUCCUUUAACUUUUUGUAAUCUCCUCUUUUCAUGUUUAUUGUAAAAGUCAAUGAAACACAAUGGCCUCUGGUUGGAUUUCUUUGUUCAUCACAACUUAUUAGUGCCUCUUGCCAGAACAAUGUCAAUAUAUUGAUCAAUGUGAGUUUGCUGAAUAAAACGUGUAAAUGUCCAUCAUCUCAAAGAGCGCAAUAAAGUACAUGAGUUUUGAAUUUUCGCUCUUGA